AUGUGUCUCUCAGUGCCGACUCUCCUCCCGCGGUGGAUCUCUGCGUUCAGGUCUGCAGCCGCUGCUGCGCCGAGUUCAGAGCGCCGUCAGAUCUGCAGCGACAUCAGACACACUGCUCUCCAAACCCUCCAGUUCUCAUCGUGAACGACGAUCUGCAGCCAGCAGGGGGGGCCGGUGAACCCGGUGACAACGGCCCGUCACAGGACAGAUCCAACAGAGACCUUUGUACCUCGGAUUUCCCAGAAUCCUUCCUGCCCGCCGCCUGCUGCGCCGACCUAGCAGGAUACUCGUGGGUGAAGAGAAAGGUGGUUAUUGAGAACCUGGAGAGCACCAAAGUUGCCGUGGCUCAGUUUUCCCGCCGCUCGGAAAGUCGAAGCGACGUCUCGUCUCUGCUGCAGCAGCUGCUUGCCCUGCAGGUCCAACAGAUCCACCAGCUGCAGCUCAUCGAUCAGAUCCGCCACCACGUCCUGAUGUUUGCCUAUCACCACACUGAGACGCCAGACGCCCCAACAAUCUGCGCCAACGACCGUCCGGCUUCAAAAUCCACCAAACAGCUUAAAGCUCUCGGCGCUCAUCUGUCCCGGCGGCUCGCUGCGGCUGCGGGGUUCGCCAGAAGCUUAUCGACUCAGUCCGCCAACAUCAGCGACUCCAGGCAGCGAACUCACAGCAAAGACGUUCGGUUAGAUAGUUUGAAUAAAUCCACACCGACAGCACCUCCGGAGCACGUCUUUAAAACACAAAACACGGACUUCAGCUUAUUGUCCCAAACCAAAAUGCUGAUGUUCAGUGAUGACUGCUUCAUCAGACCUGAGAUCUCUCCGACUCGGCACAAGCACGCCGCUGCAGAUUUGAUACCAAACAUCAGCGCGAUGGUGGAGGAUCUGGACGCGCUGGCAGCUUUGGCCCAACAGAGCAAGUGCAAGAAUCUGAAGCGUCUCUUGAAACACAGAUGCAGAUUUUGCAGCAAAGGUUUCGGGAGCGUCAACGCUCUGCAGAUUCACCUGCGAUCGCACACCGGAGAACGACCGUACAGAUGCAGCAUCUGCGGGAACCGGUUCUCCACUCGGGGGAACCUUAAGGUUCAUGUUCAGAGGCACAAAGAGAGACACGCCCACAUAAACCCUCACCCUGCCCCAAAGCACCUGGACCACAUCCAGACCGGCACUAAGAUUGGUCUGUUUCCAGACGUAGCAGGGUGGCGUCAAAGAUUCCUGAAUACUAUAUCCGGCUCCCUGGAGCAGGCGGACAUCCUGUCCUCCUUUGUCAAGAGAGAGGAGCACCCUGCCCCCCUCACUCAGUGUGAUUUUUACUGUAAUUCAGCAGCCAGUGAGAACUUCAGGUCCAAACAAACACCCACAAAAACGUCUGACUCAGCGGAGACCAGGCAGCAAAGAAUCACAAAUCUUAAAGAUGUGAAACCGUCUUUGAACUUUGUCUCUAAAACAAUGAGGUCAGAGGAGUCCGUCACCUCAUUUUCUGGAUUCCUUUCAUUAAAAUGCCUCCCCAAACUCCAGCCACCAUUGGACAGCAGUGAUCUGUCCGUCCCCAACGAGUGCGUCCUCUGCCACCGCAUCCUCAGCUGUCAGAGCGCCCUGAGGAUGCACCACCGGACGCACGGCGGAGAGCGACCUUACCUCUGCAAACUCUGCGGCCAAUCUUUCACCACCAAAGGAAACCUGAAGACGCACCAGGCUGUCCACCAAGCGUCCGUCCCGCUCAGGGUCCAGCAGUCCUGCCCCGUUUGCCAGAAGAAGUUCACGAAUGCCGUUGUUUUGCAGCAACACAUGCACAUGCACCUGGAGGGUAAUUUACCCGAUGCAGAUCAAAAAUACUCUGUGGAUUGUGACGAAGGAUUCGGAGACAAAACAAAACUGAAUUUCAGUGAUGGAGACUUUUGUGACAAGCAGUUGUCCAGAUUCAAAUCUUUAUCCAUCCGUCUGUCCCCGUCGUUUGGGAAAACCAACACGAGGACUGGUUAUCCCGGGGAUCUGCAGCUCAAAUGGAUCAAAACAGAGCGUCCAGAGGGAUCCAGAGAAACAAACCACCAACAGGCUGCUGAAAGUGGUCCGUGCUCUGGUGCAUUGUCCAAGCUGUCUCUGUCCUCUAAAGGACAAACUCCAGUGUCUUUUCAAACAUCAAGGUUUGACUACCCGCUCCAGACGUGGCUCAACUCGGCGGCUUUGAAGCUCCGUGCUUCUGCCGCGGCGCCCGCCAACCUGCACUUACUGAAGGACUCUCCGAGUUUCAUUCACUGCUUCAGAGAAAAGGGCGUCCUGAAGAACACGUACUGCGAUAUCUGCGGGAAGACGUUUGCCUGUCAGAGCGCCUUGGACAUCCACUACCGGAGCCACACCAAAGAGAGGCCGUUUAUCUGCUCCACGUGCAGCAGAGGCUUCUCCACCAAGGGGAACCUGAAGCAGCACAUGCUCACGCAUCAGAUGAGAGACUUCCCGUCACAUCUCCUCCAACCGUCCAUUCCCGACCGGGGCGGCUCCAUGUUGUCCCCUGACUCUCUGAAGGCUCUCUCGAACGCCUCCUGUAGGAGCAGCGAGGGUCUUUGUGUACCUUCGCGCAGCUGUUCAGUACCAGAGUCUCCUGCAGCGCCACCCCGCCGGAUACCCAAACAGCACCACUGCCAGACCUGCGGGAAGAGCUUCUCCUCGUCCAGCGCCCUGCAGAUCCACGAGAGGACGCACACCGGGGAGAGGCCGUUCGCC